CAGUAAGCAGCGUCGCUUCACUUCACUUAAUGGACGUUUUACUGGGAGACGAGUCCAAACCUGCUGUGGACAGAAAAGAGUGGACUGGUGGCUGAGAGCUCAGUGGCUGCAGGUUUUCACCAACAUGGAAAGGAUCCAUCAGAACCCAGGACCAGAACCAGAACCAGAACCAGGACCAGAACCCAGCUGUGUUUCUAUGAAGAGUGAUCAGUCAAAGGGUGGUUUCAUCGAUUUUAAAAGACGACAACCCUCUGCUGGACAGAUGAUCCAUCAGAACCCAGAACCAGGACCGGGACCAGAACUCAGCUGUGUGUCUAUGAAGAGUGAUCACUCAAAGGGUGGUGUCAUUGAUUUUAAAAGACGACAACCCUCUGAUGGACAGAAAGUGGACCAGCAGAACUCAGAGGUUCUCAGAGUUCAGUCUGACCAGCAGCAUCACCUGGACUCCAUAUUCAUGCUGCUGGAGGACAACAUGGUGACUUUUGUGAAGAAGGAGCUGAAGAAGAUGCAGAAGGCUGUAAGUCCAGAUUACCCAGAAUGCUCAGAGAGACAGAGGGAGGAUGAGGAGAAGUUGGAGGGUGAUGAUGAAGAUCAGAGGAGCAGCAGAGAGAUGUUUCAGCAGAUCACAGUGUUGUUCCUGAGGAGGAUGAAGCAGGAGAAGCUGGCUGACUGUCUGCAGAGCAAACUUGCCGCUGCAGUUUGUAGACGUAAACUUAAAUGUGGUCUAAAGAAGAAGUUCCAGAGAGUGUUUGAGGGCAUCGCUAAAGCAGGACAGUCGACCCUCCUGAAUGAGAUCUACACAGAGCUGUACAUCACAGAGGGAGGGACUGCAGAGGUCAAUGAUGAACAUGAGGUCAGACAGAUUGAAGCAGCAUCCAGGAAAGCAGACAGAGCAGAAAGAAGCAUCAGACCAGAAGACAUCUUUAAAGGCUCACCUGGAAGAGAUGGACCAAUCAGAACAGUGAUGACACAGGGAGUGGCUGGCAUCGGGAAAACAGUGUUAACACAGAAGUUGACUCUGGACUGGGCUGAAGACAAAAGCAACCAGGACAUCCACUUCAUGUUUCCAUUGACUUUCAGAGAGCUGAAUGUGCUGAAAGAGAGAAAGUUGAGCUUGGUGGAACUUGUUCAUCACUUCUUCAGUGAAACCAAAGCAGCAGGAAUGUGCAGGUUUGAAGACUUCCAGGUUGUGUUGAUCUUUGACGGUCUGGAUGAGUGUCGCCUUCCUCUGGACUUCCACAACAAUGAGGUCCUGACUGAUGUUACAGAGUCUACCUCAGUGGAUGUGCUGCUGACAAACCUGAUCAGGGGGAAUCUGCUUCCCUCUGCUCGCCUCUGGAUAACCACACGACCUGCAGCAGCCAAUCAGAUCCCUCCUGACUGUGUGGACAUGGUGACAGAUGUCAGAGGGUUUACCGACCCACAGAAGGAGGAGUACUUCAGGAAGAGAUCCAAAGAUGAGGAGCAGGCCAGCAGCAUCAUCUCCCACAUUAAAGCAGCACAAAGCCUCCACAUCAUGUGCCACAUCCCAGUAUUCUGCUGGAUCACUGCUACAGUUCUGGAGGAGCUGCUGAGAACCAGAGAGGGUGGAGAUCUGCCCAGAACCCUGACUGAGAUGUACAUCCACCACCUGGUGGUUCAGACCAAAGUCAAGAAGGUCAAGUAUGAUGGAGGAGCUGAGACAGAUUCACACUGGAGUCCAGACAGCAGGAGGAUGAUUGAGUCUCUGGGAAAACUGGCUUUUGAGCAGCUGCAGAAAGGAAACCUGAUCUUCUAUGAGUCCGACCUGAAAGAGUGUGGCAUCGAUAUGGAAGCAGCCUCAGUGUACUCAGGAGUGUUCACACAGAUCUUUAAAGAGGAGAGAGGACUGUACCAGGACAAGGUGUUCUGCUUCAUCCAUCUGAGCGUUCAGGAGUUUCUGGCUGCAGUCUACAUGUUCCACUGUUACACCAACAGGAAGGAGAAGGUUCUGGAGGACUUCCUGGGAAAAGACUGGAAAGACAAGAACAGAGACACUCUGGACGUGUUCCUGAACAGAGUCAUGGAGAAAUCCCUGAGAAGUAAAAAUGGUCACCUGGACCUGUUUGUUCGCUUCCUUCAUGGCCUCUGUCUGGAGUCCAACCAGAGACUCUUAGGAGGUCUGCUGGGUCGGACAGAGAACCAUCCAGAAAUGAUCCAGAGAGUCAUGAAGAACCUGAAGGAGAUGAACAGUGAUGAAAUGUCUCCAGACAGAAGCAUCAACAUCUUCCACUGUCUGAUGGAGAUGAAGGAUCUCUCAGUACAUCAGGAGAUCCAAGAGUUCCUUCAGUCAAAGAACAGAUCAGGGAAAUUCCUCUCUGAGAUCCACUGCUCAGCUCUGGCCUACAUGCUGCAGAUGUCUGAGGAGGUUCUGGAUAAGUUGGACCUGAACAAGUACAGAACAACAAAGGAGGGAAAACGGAGACUGAUUCCAGCUGUGAGGAACUGCAGAAAGGCUCGACUUUAUAACUGUGAACUCUCAGAGAGUCACUGUGAAGUCGUGGCCUCAGCUCUGAAGUCCAACCCCUCCCAUCUGAUAGAACUGAACCUGAGUGGAAACAACCUGCAGGAUUCAGGAGUGAAGCAUCUUUGUGAUGGACUGCAGAGUCCAAACUGUAAACUGGAGACUCUCAGAUUGGAGUACUGCAGUUUGUCAGAGAUCAGCUGUGAUUCUCUGGUCUCAGCUCUGAAGUCCAACCCCUCCCACCUGGAACAUCUGGACCUGAGAGGAAACAAUCUGUAUGAUUCAGGAGUGAAACAUGUGAGUGGUUUUCUGGAGAGUCCAGACUGCAUCCUGAAGACGUGA